AUUUUUGUGUUUCUUUCUCCUUUCGAUUCCUAAUCCCAUAAUUACUCAUACUCCCUAACCUCCAAGUAACUAACUAUGUCUGAAUCACCGGUGGAGCUUGUGUUCAUCCCCUCGCCGGGGCUGAGCCACGUCAUCCCCACCGUCGAGGCUGCCAAGCUCCUCCUCGCCCGCGGCGGCGAUCGCCUCGCCGUCACUGUCCUAAUCAUCAGUCUCCCCGAGGAUGGAAACGAUAAAACGGACAAGAUGUUGUCCGAUAUCAAAGCAACAGUCCCACGCCUUCGAUUCAUCGGAUUGCCUUUUGACCAUAAUGCCCCCGGCGCCGACUCCCCGGUCUUUCGAUUCACUUAUAUCCUUAGUUGCGGUGACAAGAUCAAGCAAUUAUUGUCGGAUUUGAUCGAGGAGCCAUCCGUCCCCGGCUCCCGGCUAGUCGGGCUUGUUCUCGAUAUGUUUUGCACAAAUUUAAUUCAGGUGGGUGAAGAAUUGAGCAUUCCUUCCUACGUUUAUUACACUGCAGGAGCAUUCAGUCUUGGCGUAUUGUACGACAUGAUUUCACUUAGAUUCGACCAGGAUCAGGACGUGACACAAUACAAGGAUUCCGACACUAAACAACUCUCCUCACCAUGCGCCUCUCAGCCUCUCCCCGCCAAAAUACUUCCUCUAUUUGUCGUCGACGGCACUCCUACCGGAGAUAUCGUCCUCGAUUACUUCCGGAAAUUCGCCGGCGCCAAAGGAGUUCUCGUCAACACAUUCUACGAACUCGAAUCCUACGCCAUCGAUUCGCUGCAUGCUCAUUACAAUAACUAUCCCAAGGUUUACCCGGUCGGACCCAUGUUGAAGAACAAUCCUGACUCCGGCGAUCCGUCGGCAGCUGAUUUGAUGACGUGGCUGGACGAUCAGCCGGAGGAUUCGGUGGUGUUUCUGUGCUUCGGGACGAUGGGGGCAUUUGAAGAAGCUCAGGUUAAGGAAUUCGCCGAGGCUCUGGAAGGUUCUGGAAGCAGGUUCGUGUGGUCGUUGCGGAAGCCGACGUCGUCGUUACUUCCAACCGAGUACGAAGACUUCGGCGAGGUUCUGCCGGAGGGUUUUUUGGAGCGGACGGCGGGACGGGGGCGGGUGAUCGGGUGGGCUCCGCAGGCGGCGGUGCUGGCGCACCCGGCGGUCGGGGGUUUCGUGUCGCACUGUGGGUGGAACUCGGUGCUGGAGAGUGUCUGGCACGGCGUUCCGGUGGCAGCGCUGCCGCUAUAUGCGGAGCAGCAGUUAAAUGCGUUCGAGCUGGUGAGGACAUUGGGGAUGGCGGAAGAGAUCAAGAUUGAUUACAAGUUAGAUGUGACUAGGCAGGAGCCGGGGCCGGAGAUCGUCCCGGCGGGGGAUAUCGAGGCUGCGAUCCGGCGGGUGAUGGCGGCGGAGGGCGGCGUGAGGAGGAAAGUGAAGGAGAUGCAGAGGAAGAGCCGAGAGGUUUUGGAGGAAGGCGGGUCGUCGUGGACGUCGCAAAAGGACUUCUUCCAAGACGUGUUGAGAAACGUUGGAUUGGAAUAGAGUUGGUGGAAAUUUGAAUGUUGAUUUUGGAGCCUCUUGAUUUUAAGGAUUUAAUAAUGUUUAUUUUAAUUUUGUAUUUUCUUGUUUUUUCAAAUUCCCAUAUGAGAUUUUGAUUGUGUUAAGGUGGGUAGAUGGAUUGAUCGGUACAUUCGGACAUGAGGUCUUUCCAGGUAUCCAUCUUUUAUGACUAUGUUCCAUUCGAAAGAAUAAAAUA